GCAAACUAACUCUUAUUUACAUUACAGCACGUUCUUUCGCGUGGAGUUUACGAACUUUAAAGGUACAGGGUUUGCAUAACAUAAUUUGCCCCCUGGUAAUUCUAACUUAGAAAGCAAACUGGAACAUUAGUUAAUUGGAGGCAGCACCAAUACUUGAGGGAAAGACAACUAUUAAUCACUAACGACAAUAAAGGUCAAAGUGUUUCUAGGGCCGGGAAACCUGAUUGGUAGAAUAUACGGAGGUCUAUAUUUUGAGGUAACGCAGACAACAGAUGGCGCUACAGGCGUGCUUUGGGCGGUACCAUGGUGUGUUAACUUUAUAGGAUAUUCUCAAUAACAUAAGUAUCAAUAUUGAAUCAAGUUUUGUGAGGAUUCUUUUUAAUACACAGUGGAACAGUGAUGGCUUUGACAUUAUAGUGUGAACAGCGAUAUCACAUUAAUGACAGUGGUGACAUUAUAAUGUGAACAGUGAUGGCUUUGACAUUAUAGUGUGAACAGCGAUAUCACAUUAAUGACAGUGGUGACAUUAUAAUGUGAUCAGUGAUGGCUUUGACAAUAUAAUGUGAACAGUGAUUGUUAUGACAAUAUAAUGUGAACAGUGAUGGCUAUGACAAUAUAAUGUGAACAGUGAUUGCUAUGACAAUAUAAUGUGAACAGUGAUUGCUAUGACAAUAUAAUGUGAACAGUGAUUGCUAUGACAAUAUAAUGUGAACAGUGAUUGCUAUGACAAUAUAAUGUGAACAGUGAUUGCUAUGACAUUAUAAUGUGAACAGUGAUGGCUAUGACAUAAUGGCGCCAAUAAUUAACUACUCCGAACGGAAUGGAUAAUAUAUUAUUAAAUCACUAAUUAAUGUAUUAACAGACUAUUCAUAUGAACUAUAUUUCAUUUUUUAAUGUAAUAUCGUAAUAUUUCAGUAUUAGGAUUCACAGAAAUGGAAUGGGUAUGUUUUAUGUCAAGGUACGUGCGUAUAACCUUGUAGCUAUGGACGACUGAAUGAAACAUGAACAAAUAGAGAGGUAUUUUAUUAUAAUGCCUGUUGAUAUUUGGCAGAUUGGUACAGCACUCGGAUAUGAAACAAAAAGCUCUCAUGAUUAAUUGACGUCGUUUACUACGGUACAUUUGGAGAAGAUAAACUUUCGACACUAAGGUAUACAUAUGUAUCUGGCCGCCAGUAUUUGUGCCCUUUAUGGUUCCUGUUUUUGUGAAUCACUAGCUACAUCUCUCUGUAAUAGAUUGAACAUUUCAUUGGUGGUAGCAUCUCGCUGUUCUUCGGUACAUGGCUAGUUCCACUUUUGAAUGCCAAAGUCCAGCUUUUCUCUUUGAAGUGUUUGUGAACCCUGAUGACGUACGCCCUUCCUCUCGGAUUCAGUACUGGAAUUCUAGGCCGGCAACUUCCGCUGAUGCAUCAAAGUGAUUACAUGCGUCCAGGAAAAUUCAGAUCAAGUCCAACAUUUUAUAAAGUCAGGUUUUCUGUGGACGUCAUUAAAUAUAGCUGAGUGGAACGUCAACAAAGAUACAGAACGGUGGGAAUAAUUCUGUUUAAAUCAUAUAAUUCAAAUUCCGGACAAGUCACCAAGAUGAGGUGCAUGACGAUCAUUCGAGCACUUCUCGUGCGAGUGUUAUUUGCCGCUCAUGGUGUGAUUGCAAUAUGGCGACUGUUCAUGGUCAUUAGGAAGUCCUGGUGUUGGUACCUAACUGGAGCACUGGGCGGACUGUUGAUAGAAACUAUCAUCACUCUCACAAAGAAAAGAGGCAAAGAGUGGAAAUGGUUUUGUCCAAGUGUGUUCUUUUACCUUGGAAGUGUAGUUCCUGCCAUCUGGUUUCUCGAGCUGCACGAGAUGGAGGAGAGAAUUGCUAUGCGCGAGAGAAACGAGUUGACUAACAGUAGCAGUCUUAGUCAUGUGGCUGUCAAUCGUACUAACAAAGAGGACCUCAGCGUCAACAUAGAAGGGGUAGAAAUCACCAUUCCACUGGCUAUUCCGGCCAAUCUCUGGCUUCGAAUACUUGAACAGUUUCUACUUUUGAUGCUGAUAGUAGGUAGAUGGUUACUGCCUAAAGGUUCCCUGUCACAUGACCAGUUAUCCCAGCUCCUAUUGGUAUAUGUGGGGACAGCCGCCGAUAUAGUGGAGUUCUACGAGGCAUUCAGCGAAGAGUUGGUGAUGUACAAUCGUCUGCUGUGUUACAUUAUUCUGGGGAUCUGGACAUUGAGUCUGCUCCAGUUUACACUCGUGCUGACCGCGACACGUGCCCGCCGUGACCAGUCCGGGGUUCCAUCGUCCGGAUACUCAGACACAGAUAAAGUGGGUUGUUGUAAUCCGGAAAUCUACGGCAUCGUGACGUCGAUUUUCAUGCAGGACUGUCCUUUCUUGGUGGUUAGACUUUUGUUGAUAUUUAAAUAUGGCGUGAUUAGUUAUACUAACAUGUUCUUCACGUCAAAAAACUCCCUAGUAAUAGUUCUUCUGAUGUAUCGAGUGAUUGUCGUACAAGGAGAAACAAGGCGGAAAAAGGGGGAAAUGAAGAAAUGCGGAUCAGCUAUCCGCUUGAAUUUACCUAAUAAUGUUACAGGAUUCGGGGGAAGAAUUGACGGCCAGGUUUAUAUGAAGCCGAGUUGUAGCGCUCCCAACGUGUACAAGGCGACUCAGUCAGACAGUCUACCCAGAUACAAAAAUUCAGCGGUGCAUGACCGACGCAGCGACCCGAUGGACGCCACUAAGUUGAACGCUCAGCAGGCUAGAGGAACCCCUCCAAGGUCUCCAUUAAACCAAAGGCCUAUCCCUCGCAUCAUAAGAUAAAAAUUAUUUACCCAAAUCUCCCUUCAUAUCGUCAUGUGCCUGCGUAUCAUCAGACGUUUUACUACUUCACAGAAAAGUUGCAUACGUAUCAUCAGUAUUUGAAUCAUUACGUCAUCAGAAAAUGUGUCCAAAUAUCAUCAGUUAUGUAUCAUUACGUCAUCAGAAAAUGUGUCCAAAUAUCAUCAGUUAUGUAUCAUUACGUCAUCAGAAAUGUGUCCAAAUAUCAUCAGUUAUUGAUCAUUACGUCAUCAGAAAUGUGUCCAAAUAUCAGCAGGCAUGUAACAUUACGUCAUCAGAGAAUGUGCCCAAAUGUUAUCAGUUAUUUAUCAUUACUUAACAGAAAAUGUGUCAAAAUAUCAUCUGGUAUGUAUCAUUAUGUCAUCAAAAUGUGUUCAUGUAUCAUCAGUUGUGUAUCAUUACUUGAUCAGAAAAUGUGCUCACGUAUCAUCAAUUAUGUACAAUUACGUCAUCAGAAAAUGUGCUCACGGGUUUUGCAUCAUUACGUCAUCAGAUAAUGCGCUAACGUAUCAUCCAUUAUGUAUCAUUACAGCAUCAGAGAAAGUGCCUACGUAUCAUCCGAGAUAUCGUAACGUUAUCAUAAAAUAUGCUAACGUAUCAACAGUUAUGUAUAAUUAAGACAUCGGAAAUUUUGCACACGUAUCAUCAGAAAAAUGUGAUGAUAUCGUCAAAUAAUUUCCCAUUCAACUGUAUAUCGUCGUAAAAGUAUCGAUUUAUCAUCGGAUAUUGUCAAGUUUGAAAUUUUUAUCAAGAUUCAUCAUAUGGCAGUAGUUAUAGUUUUACGUGAAACUAAUACUUAGUAUAUAAAUGUGUCUCAUUGUAAUGAAUCAUCAAGAAUGACAUUAUCAUUUCUGUUCUUCACAUCAUCCUCAUCGCCGUCGUCGCCUUAUCUGAUGAAUUCAUUGUUAACUACUCUAUCAUUUAGAUAAGAAAUGGUGUGGUGAUAAAAAAAAAGAAAGAAUUUUAGAAUGUUGAAAUGAAAAAAAAAACAACUUACUACCGAUCUGCAGUGAAACCAGCUGUAUGGAAUCACUAGAGAGGUGGACAAAGUUUCUGGUGAUAUUGCGGGGAUGUCCAGAACCUCCAGUGUGGACUAUCGCUUGUACAUAUAUUACCAAUGGAUUUCCCGAACCUCUAGCGUGGACUAUCGCUUAGUACAUGUACUGUUAAUGAAUGUUCUGAACCUCCAGUGUGGACUAGCACUAUCGCUUAAUACUUGUAUUAUUAACGGAUAUCAUUCAUUCGUGUUCUACCUUGGAAGUUAAAUAAUUUCUGUAAUGAAAGGUUACACAAUGAAUGGAAAAAUAACUAACGAGAGCAAAAGAAAUACCAAAUUCAACAACCAAGAGUUUUUGUGACCUGUUUCUACCUCAAUAGAAAAGCUAUGCUGAUGAUGACCUGUUUGUGUCAAUGUGUGUUCCUUUCGUAAUACCAGGUGUGGUGUAAGAAUAUGACCUAAAGUAAAAUACCGCUCCUUAAUAUGCAAAACUGACAUUUUCGGUAAUGUAUGGAAAUAUUACAUUUGAUUUCAAAACAUUUUCAAUCUUAUUCACAAGGAAAUAAAUUGAUAGAAAUCUAAAUAUAUUUUUGAAAAUAUGACCAAACCAGUUGCAACUACUUUUUUGCGUUAUCAUUUCCGGGACAUCGUGAAGCGGCCUUCUAGUGUUAGCCAAUCCAAACCCAUUGAACCAAGUGAAUAAAAAUAGUUUCUAUCAAAUGUUACCGUGUCAACCAAUCAAAACGUAUUUAGAGUUUAUACCACGUAUGGUAUAAACUGAACUUUAUUCAACAGCUGUAAUGAUUGUUUCAUGCCUUUGGAGUAACGCCCGUCUAUUGUGGUAGAAUGAUACAUGUAUGUAUCAUGUUUCUAAAUUCUCUGCCAUGGUCAUCAUAUUGGUCGUCUUACCUGCACAAUUCCCUCAAAUAAUGUAUAUGGCAUAAAUGUAUAGGUAGUGAUGUAGUGAGGACAUGCUGCUUCUAGGACAAUAAACAAUAAUGUACAGGUAAUAUACCGAACUCAUUAAUCUGAUAAGAAACAUUUAAGAAAGCAUUUUCUAUUAAAUGAUAAUUAAUUAAUGUUUUGAACAUUGAAUGAUUAACAAAUAUACAUGUUAUUGUCAAGGUGAGUUUUGCAUUUCGAGUAAUUCAUUUAAAACCUGUGUUGAGAAAUUGGAGCUUCUCAUUGUCAUGUUGUCGUCUGUCCUCUUACUCCAUAGACAUUUAAAAUCUGUGUUGAGAGUUUGGAGCUUCUCCUUUACAUGUUGUCAUCUGUUUUCUUACUCCAUAGACAUUUAAAAUCUGUGAUGAGAGUUUGGAGCUUCUCCUUUACAUGUUGUCGUCUGUCCUCUUACUCCAUAGACAUUUAAAAUCUGUGAUGAGAGUUUGAAGCUUCUCCUUGACAUGUGUCGUCUGUCCUCUCACGCUAUAGACAUACAAAUGCAACAUCAACUCCAAUCGAAAUUCAAAGGUUACAUUGACUCAAGCAGGUUCAAACGUUACCUUUAUCCAAACAGGUUCAAGCGAUACAUUUACCCAAUAUGUUCAAACGUUACAUUUACCCAAACUGGUUCAAGCGUUACAUUUACCCAACAUGUUCAAACGUUACAUUUACCCAAACUGGUUCAAACGUUACAUUUACCCAAACUGGUUCAAACGUUACAUUUACCCAAACUGGUUCAAACGUUACAUUUACCCAAACUGGUUCAAACGUUACAUCUACCCAAACAGGUUCAAACGUUACAUAGGCUAAAAUCACGUUGAGGUUCAAACAUCUCAUUAGCUCAAAAAAGUUUAAAUGUUACCUGCGCUCAAAUCACGAAGAGGUCAAAAUGUUACAUUAAUUCAAAAUGUUCAAAUGUUAAAUAGGCUCAAAUCACUAAGAGGUUUAAAUAUAACAUUCAAAGCACAAAAACGGUUCACAGAUCUCACUGAAAUAACAAAGAGUUUCAAAUGACCUAUUCGAUAUAAACAGAGUUUAAUGUCCCAUUAAAAUUACAAAGAGUGGUUCUAAAAUACGGAUUUUCACAAGAUGUCUCGAGCGAUGGGAAGAUAGCAAGAGGUGCCGAGUCCUAAUGCCGCGUAGAAAAAAACUAACUACCAUAACAAGAGGUUUUAUUUGUGAUUAACGAUAAUGAAAAUCGAUUUAUGGUAAGAGUGAUCUCCAUUUCGAUUUAAUGAGAUUGAAAUGGAAAUUCAUUCAACAGAUCGUAAUUGUGUUUGAAGAUUCAGAUAAAUCAGAUAUAAUUGUUGAAGUCCGUAGAUUGAGGAGGUCAAAAAUCCACUUAUAGAAAGUUACAUCGACCAAUUAACGAGGUCGGUAAAGCAAGGAUAUCGAAAACCAAUUUGUAAUAACAAUGACCUCAAUGUUACACCAUGGUCAGUAAAAUGUCAACUCGUACAAGAUAGGAUGAAUGUGAGUAGGUGUCAGGAUAAAACAGCAUUUAUUAAUGAAAUCAGUAGAGCGAGGAGGUCGAAAAUCUAUUUAUAGUUACAAUAAACUUAUAUUUGACCCCAGGUGAUUGAAAAGCGACGAGUCUGUACAAUAAAUGGUGUUUGCUAAAAGCAUGAAACUUGUGAGUAAGUGUGUGAAGUUUAAGGACUCGUUUGGAUGUAUUUCCUCGGCAACUCGUCAGGAGGGGAUUAGAAGGAGUUCACACACAUCAGGUAGAGGUUUCAAUGCCGUAAUCGCCUUUCUGUAUCAUUUUUUCUUCCUUGUCAUUUGUAAUGUUUUGAUUUUAGCAUGCCUACAUUUCAGGCAAGAACAACAGUAAUGAAAAUGAUUUAUUGGGGAAAUUUCAUUAAAUACAAUAUAGAGUAUACAUCUACUCGAGUUUUCUUUUAACAUACAAUGAUAUUGUUUCUGUAACAAUGAAUUGUCAUUCUUAUCGAUUUCACCGAUUAAAUUUUAAAUCAAUUUGAA